AUGGGUUGUGGGAACAGUAAGGUGCUGCCUGAGGCAUCUAAGAAAAGCUAUGUAAGUGUGGUGCAGUCACUAGUAGCUUUCAGUAAAGGACAUGAGGAUGAUGAUGAGCCAAAGAAACAAAAGAAGAAGCAAAAAAAUCCAUGGUUUUCUGCCAGUGUUGAUAAUCCUCACCUAGGACCAAGCAGCAAACAGCAAAUCAAACAAAGACAAGAAUGGAACAAGGUUCCCAGGUAUAAGGACAAGUUUGAGCCACGCGUCACAGCACGGUAUGACAUCAAAGCCCUGAUUGGUCGUGGAAGCUUCAGUCGUGUUGUGCGUGUGGAGCACAGGGCAACUCGCCAGCCCUUUGCCAUAAAAAUGAUGGAGGUAGAGGCCCCAGAGGGUCGUGAGGUGUGUGAUUCUGAACUAGCAGUGCUGCAGAGGGUGAGCCAUGCUAAUGUCAUUCAGCUGGUUGAGGUGUUCCAGUUUCCACAGCGUGUUUAUAUGGUACUGGAACUGGCGACAGGAGGGGAACUUUUGGACCGUCUUGUCAGCAGGGGCCACUUCACUGAGCGAGAUGCUACCCAGGCCAUCCAGAUGAUACUGGCUGCAUUGGUAUACCUGCACAGCCUGGGAAUCACCCACAGAGACUUGAAGCCUGAGAAUCUUCUGUACUACCACCCCGGAGCAGACUCCAGAUUGUUGGUGACCGACUUUGGAUUGUCUGCUUUUGCCAGCACACUCACCAGGUGUGAGAUUUCUGAACGAGGCAACGAGGAAACUGGAGAGUCGUGGUCUUUGAGGACCACUUGUGGAACCCCUGAGUACAUGGCUCCUGAAAUGUUGCUGAGGAGACCCUAUUCCUGUGCAGUGGACAUGUGGGCUUUAGGGGUAAUUGCCUACAUUUUGCUGAGUGGAACUGUGCCGUUUGAGGAUGACAGCCGCACACAGCUCUACAGAUCCAUUGUGAGAGGAAAAUAUAGCUUCCGUGGAAAUCCUUGGCCUUCAGUGUCCAACUUGGCUAAGGACUUCAUUCUGCGCCUGCUAGUGUUGGACCCGGCCACCCGCCUCACUGCCGAAAAAGCCGUCCGCCACCCCUGGGUGGUCACCACGGCAGCCAACUCCUCCAUGACGAACCUCCAUAGAUCUAUUUCGCAGAAUCUCAGGCAGCGGGCAUCACGCAGCUCCUCCUGGUGCCCCAGCAGCAGCACCACAAGCUCCACUGAUGCCAGCAGCCUGGGAAGGCUAAUGCCACCAGAGACAAAGCCGAAGCAGCAGCAGCAGCAGGGAAGAGCAGCUGGACUGAUUCAGCCUCAGAGAGCCAUACAACCUCGAGCCAGAGGGCACAAGGAGCAUCAGCAUCAUCCAACUAAAGCAUUAGAUUCACGAGAAGGCUAA